ACAAUAAUAAAAAAAUUCUAGUUAUUUGAUUCCUCUUUCGUUUCUAACUCGCGCACACUUCGUCCCUUCCCUUCCUUCAUGUAGGCUCUGCAGCAGCAACAGCUACCAGCAAGCAGCAGCAUGGCCUCACUCUCUCUCCUUCCUCUCCUCUCUCUCUUCCUCUCCCUCUUCCUCUUCUCCCAUCUCUCCUUCUCUCCCACCGUCGUCUUCGCCGUCUCAGCCCUUCAAACACCCCUCACCACCACCCCCUCCCAGCCCGACUCGCCUCCCUCCCCGGAUCCCUCCCAACCCGACCCGGAUCCCAACCCGACCCCCAAUUUGGACCCUCCGCCCACCGAUCUUCCCAAACCCUCCUCCACCAGCUUCGAGUAUUGGGACGAGGACGAGUUCGAAGGCCUGCCCAUCCAACCUGAGCAACCACUUCAACAACCGCCCCUCGACGACCCGAAAAUUACCGAAAAUGCCACUCCCUCCUCCGAUUCCGAUCCCAAACCCUCCGGCGACCCCAAACCCCCUGCCGCAACUAGAUCGUUCGUCGUGGAGAUUGCGUGCGGAGGGUUCCUGAUCGUCUUCGCUAUCAACUACUUCACGGGAAAGCGGGUGAACGAGAACAUCGCCCUAGCUUGGGCUGCGAAAUUCGCGACGAAAGACUCGAUCUUCGAGAAGAAUUUCAGCCUUUUGGGCGUCGGAGACGGCGACGACUCGCCGUUGCUGUUAAAGGAAGGGCAGAACGUGUUCAAGUUCUACGCAAGUGGGCGGAGAUGCUGCCAGGGACUUUUGGCGACGAUGGAGCUCAAGAGCCGCCACGAUUUGAUCUCCUCCAUUUUCAACUUGGUGGUGCCGAGUAGGGACGAGAUCAAUCUCGAGGUUUAUAUGAAUGAUGAUGCGAUGGACCACGUGGUUUUCGCCGUGGCGAGGAAGAAGUCGGCCAAAGCAAUGCAGAAGGAGGUUCCCGACUUGCAGAAGUUUGCCGGGAUCCUGUCGCCGCCCACUGGAAGGAAGUGGGUUGCUGAGGACUUGGCUGUUAUCUCGGAGUCGAAGGAGGUAGCUGGGGAUUUGAUCACCGAGGCUGUGCUUGAUCAGGUUUUUGGUGAGAAAGCUUUUCAGAAAUUCGGAAAGGGGUUCGUCUACAUGCAUUUUUCAGAUCAACAUCCAGGGACACACAAGAAGAUGCUUUUGUUCAAGUUUGCCCUACCAGAUGCCAGUAACAUGGCGGAUAUGACUCGUUUGGUGGCUCUGGUACCUUAUUAUAUUGAUUUGAUUGGGCGCUACAAACUAAGUAGUCAGGCUCGAUCAAAAACAGAAGCAAUCAGAUCAAAGGCUGCUCAAGAGGCUUACAAGGAACUCCAAAAUGCUAGGCAAGAGGCCUUGCAAAGAAAGAAGGCAGAGAGGAAAAAGAUGAUGGAGGAGGCUGAGGCUAAGCUCAGCGCAGAGAGUAUUCGCAAGAAAGAAGCAAAAGAGCGAGCUCGUCAGAUGAAGAAAGCAAUGCCGAAAAUAAAAAUGACCCGUGCUAGUUGAUUCUUGAAUUUUACUUGUCAUUGGUUCCUCUUCCUCCUCAUCUUCUAUUUAAUAUCCUUGUGAUAUUUAGCUGAGUCUUGCCUGCCAUAAGUUUUGGUUCCGCACCCUUGCAGCCUUGUACUUUUAAUUGUCUGAACAAGUUUGCCUCUAACGUUAUCACAUCAAUAGGUUUUGAAUGUACCAAAA